AUGUGCACCCAACCCAGGAAAGUCCCAGUAUGUGCCCUGAACAAUAGGACUCUUUUGGCUGGUCAUGUCAAGAGCUGGGCCAGCAGCAUCACACCUGUUGGAAAUGGUACCCCCCACAAUUCUGUAACAUUGGGCUCCCAAGUUCAAACCACUAACCAUAUGAUCAGCAAUGACAUUCCUGCAGUGGCCCAUGAUGAGGAUGAACAAUACUUCAGGGACCCCCUUACCAUCUCUGCCAAGUUUACAUGGUACCAGAAGCCUGUUGAGGCUAUGGUGCACACUACUAACACAAGUGCUGAUGCCAAGAGUGAUCUCAAGGCCAAAAAUCCUAUUUCCCAUGCAGUGCAGGCCAGCUUAAAGCACAGGCAUGCUGAUUGUGACAAUGAAAAGGAUUUAAAUGGGAGAGUGAGGGGAAGGGUGAAAUCUGAUGGGGAGGAAAUUACAUUCCUGACAGCAGAUGACAGGGGCCCUUUCUGUGACCUCCAUGAUGUAAAUGUUCACAUGAAGGUUGUAAAGGAGCCACAUGUUACUACAAUGACUAAUAUCAGAAUUGACAAGCCAGUGAAGAAAGUGAAGGUUAGUGACAGGAGCCAGCAUGGAACUAAAGCUAUGACUCAAGAAUCAAGGGAGUUGGCCUUAGCAAGUUCCACAUCAGAUUGGCCACUUUCAAUAGGGACCAACAGCACAACUUGCAGGUGCAUACAUUUUGUCAAUGCAAAAUUGCCUGAAGAGCUGCAAGAGGAUAGAAGAUGGUUGAAACAAAUGCUUCCCACUCUCCUCAUGUGGGCCAGGUUCUUCCCCGAUCUGUGGGAAAUCCCAGAUCUGGAGCUCAUGACUGCCCUUUGA